CACCGUACAGAAAUCAAGAAUUUUGUGUAACCUUUUUGUUUGGGAAAUUAUGAUAGAAAAACAUUCACAAGGGUCAAAGCAGCUUAAUUAGAAAAGUGAAUUAAUGGAAAAGACUUGGAGAAACCUUAAAGUUAUAUUUUAACAUUCUGACUUUAGAGUAUCAAGAAAGCCAUCUUGUGGGUGCUCUUCAAUAUACAUUUAAAAUUUGAGCUGCUUGUUAGUCAGACUAUUGGGAGUCUUUUUUUUUUUUUUUUUUUUUUUUUUUUUGCCCAUUAUCAUAUUCUCAGCCUUUGCCCACAGUAAAUUUUUUUCUCCGGCAGAAGAAAGAGUUGCAAAAUGGACUUUUCGUGUUGUUUUUCCAGUGUUUUGCAAAGCUGCAUGAAGCUAGGUAUUAAUCUGACUGCAAACAGUUGCGGCUCUAAGCUGUAGCUCACACCUUCAGCAGGCAGUCAGCAGUAUGCCUGCAGCCGCACUUCUCUUAAAGACAGCUUGUGAUGCCCUAAUCUCAUCUUCAAAAGGUGCAUGUUGAAUUAAUAAAAAGCAGCUACAAGUGAUUUGGGUUGAUGAGCUUUAGGCAAAAAAAACUCUUUCCCUACCUACUCCCUUCAAAGACAUAGGUCAUGUUGUAUUAAUUGGUAGCACCAUUUUUAUUGAAAUAUUUAACAAUCCUCACCUCAAACACUCACACACAACUCUGCUGUGUUUGUCACCAGGAAAUAAAUUGACCCCUUGAGCAUCUGGAUUGUUUUAUUUGCCUAAAUUAAAUGUUUCAGUAAUUACACAUCCAUCCAUUUUUCUGUUUUUGACAAACACGCAGGCAGCAGGUGAAGAGAUACAAUAAUGGUUCACAAUUGCAAUUCUUGCAACAUCAUUAAAAUUAAAUAAGUUUCUAAACAUAGCAGAACCUUAAACAUGGCUGGCAUUUAUCAAAAUGAGGGGGAAAAACCCCAAUCCUUCUGAGUCUUUCUUCCCAUCUAGGUUUAAAGAUACUUUGUAUUAAGAGUUUCAGGCAAUUGAGCCCAAAAGUUGAAUGUGGAUUGUUUGUAUAUGUUUAAACUAAAACAUGGUGCUGUUUUUAAGGAAAUGUGUCAUUUUGAAUCUUAGUUAGCAAUGCUAACUGCUUAUGGUGAACACUUCCUACAUAAGUCAGAAAAGACAUUCAAUAUAGGUGUCUGACAGGAUGCAAAAACAGGUUACAAUAAUUCAGAUAAAUAAACUCCACAUUUAAUUUGGAGCAUUACAAAAAUAACACACAGAAUAUUAAAAUAAACAAAUAUAUUGAUUAUGAAAUAUAUAUGCUCACUCUGAGGCUGAUGCCAGUGACAUGUUUCUAAAAAGUUGGGAAACUGUUGCAUAACAUCGUCUUUUGAGAGCACUAUAAGAGUCUAAGAAGGGAGUUCUGAAAGCAAAAUAUUUUUCCAAUCUUGCUUGAUAAAGCAACUAUUUUGAGUUGGCAUGAUAAUUUGGAUUCUCUUUACUCUGUUUUGCACAAGUAAAUUAAAUUAGACAUGAAAUGUAAGUAGUCAUCUAGUUAAAGUCUGUGCACCAUCUACAGUAAUAAGGUGUUGCAUAACCUGAAGGUGAUCUUAAGGUGAUCUGCUGGUCUUAGAUAAAUGGGCCUGCUGUUGGUCUGAGGUUUGUAAAUAUGUGGAACUGCUGCAGGAAUAACUAUUUGCAUACAGUAUGUGGUUCCAGCUGUCAAGCUGAACUGACAGACACACAGUAAAGACCAUAAAAAACAUGUAACCUGCCCAACCUGAGUCAAUGCAAAUUCCGCUCCACCACUACCUGUGGUCAGCUGUGAUGCAAAUCUAAUGCUUAUGUAUAAAUCCCUGAGAGGGAACACUUAUUUUCCAGGGGGCUCACUUUUAUGUCUGCACUGUGCACAGAGCUCCUGGAGGUAAUUAAUUUUUCAAACAAAGAAAAGCAUUGACUCAGAGACGCACUUUGUGAUUAUUAGUAGGCAAAAAGAAAAUAAGCAGAAACCUUCAGUGGGAUUCAAAGGGAUAAGAAGCCUCAUCUGACACAAAGGAGCUUCAUUUGAGGUAAAAAAAAACAAAACAAAGAAAAUAGGUCUUUUUCACCUUGAUUGGUCUAACCUUAUUUAAGCUUCAUUUUGCAUGUGACUGCCUGAAUUUAAUUUUUCGCAUAUUUUUUUUAUCUGUGGGAGAACACUUUACCUUAGCUUAUUUGUAUUUGUUUAACAUAUUUCUAAAGCUUAAUGUGUGAAUCUUUUCCUCAGGCUCAAAGACAAACUGUGACCAAUUCCAUUAUGUGACACAAAUGAAGAAUCAUCUGGCUUGGAGUGUCUGUGAUUUUUUAUUUAUUUUUAUUUUUUUCUUUCCUUGUCAUCUCUUUGAACGCACCACAUACAGGCCACUUCAGACCCCCAUGCAGCUUACAGAAUUAUAUACAGAAAUAUUAAAUUGAUCUCAGAAGUUUGCGCUGCACACGUGUUUGAAGUAAAGAUUAUCAUCAUGUUAGCAGAGGCCAAACUGAUCAUCUGGGUGUUGACAGGCCUGUUGGCCGUCACGACUGUCUUCUUCAAUGGCUAUAUAUUUUUGACAAAUCUGUGGAACAAGAAAGAGAAAAAACAGAGGGGUCCUAGUGAUAGGAUCAUCAUGGCUCUGUCAGUGGCUGAUGUAACUCACCAGCUGGGGUGUUACGUAUGGAAGACCAUGGAUGUAGUGGAUGCAGGGUGCCUUGUGGAUGGAAUGUACUACACCGUCUUGCUGCUGUUUAUUUUCAGCUUCAAAUUCACCAUCAUGUGGGACACCAGCUUUCUCACUUUCUACUACAGCAUUAAGCUGGUCAGCACUCCCAAUCAUUGCUACACACAGAUCCAGGCCAUCAUCCUCAAGCAUGUGACCCUAGGGCUUGUUCUCAUCCCUCUUUGUGGCCUGGCCAUCUCCAUGCCGAUGCUUGUCGUGUUUAACCCUGACAACGUCACAGAGGCGAACAUGGACUGUGGAGUUUUAGUACCUUACACCAACUCUGGUAUGGUUUACAAUGUCAUUUAUCUGCUCCUCUCUGAUGUACUGCCUGGGUUCAUCGUGCUGAAGUGCUGCUUCUCCAUCUCUGUUCACCUGGCCAUCCAUCUCCGCCAAAUGAAAGCCAGCACCAAUGGUGCUCACCCACCAAAGCUCGGCACUCAGAUGAGAGUGAUCCGGAUGGCUCUGUCUCUAGUGGCCAACUUCCUCAUCUUCCUCGUUAUUGAUCUGUACGUGAACUAUCAGAUCGUGGUGCACCACGACAAUUCUCUGGGGGUCGCAUUCUUUAUUAUAUCAGUCUACACAACUGUAACGGCCAUUGUACUCAUCUAUGGUAAAAAGACUAUUUGUAAAGCUCUGAUACAUGACUUUAAUGUCUGUGUGGAUGAAUUUCCAUGUUUGUCUUGUCUGAAGUUGCCUGAAUAUAAGGUUACAACCGCACACUCAGUUAAAAGCUGAAAGGUCAAAUCAACUUGUACUACAAGCCUUUCUUGAGCAUCAAAUAGUCAUUGUCUAAAACUAUUAAAAAAUGUGAUUCAACUUUUUCUUUUCUCGUAGUGCUAGCAAUUUAUACAACAUCCUGCUGUAUCAUCAGUAAGAUACUUUCAGCAGUAAACUAAAAACUAAAUAGCAUGGAAAAGCGUGAAAGGUAGAACUGUUUAGGUGACACAUACAGUACCCUUGUAACCAGCAUGACAUGCAAAUCUCAACCUCAUCAGACUACACCUGAUAAAAUCAAUAUUUCAGCAGAACAAAUAAUAGUCAGCUCUGCAAAACAUAUAUCCAAGCGUGGCUGCCUGGACAUGAUGCAAGCCUGUGCCCAUCUAAAAUGUUAAAAAAUGCAUGUGACUGUGGUGAGAGUACAGAGCAUAUUAAUAAAACAAGACUGUACACACAACCUGAAUUUUUAUGUCAUGACAGAGGUUUUAAGAUUGUUUUUCUCAGCCAGGUUUCAGAUGGUUGCAGAAGCACGCGGGGACCUCAGUGGCCUGCUUGUUACUGGAAGGAUGCCAGGCCAAGCACCCAGCUGCACCUUUUGAGUGGGAAAACAUAAAACCUGCAGAGGAAAAAUAUAUCCUCCUGUUUGUAACAAGGGGUGUGUGUUCAUGCAUUAACAGCUCGCAGGUGUCACUGUGUGUAGCUAUAAACUGUGUGUGUCUGACUGUGAAGCUGGACAUUCCUUAAAAGUGCACUCAUGCCUAACAAACCUACCCUGAGUUUAAAAAAAAAAAAAAAAAAAGGAAAAAAGAAAUGCAGCAGACUUCUUUGUGAUGCUACAUUAGUUCACACCCUCUGGCACCACCUAGUGAGGUUCAAAGCAGAGAUACAAUAGUGCAGCUAAUCCCACUACACGCAGAGGAUUUGGAUCCCUCCAGCAGAUACAGUAUGUGGUCAAAGCAAAAAAAAGGGCAUAUUUUUCUUUGAUGCAGGGGGAAUCAAGACAUGCCAAGGCCUGGGUUUUCUUCACUGCCAUCUUCCUAUAACCGCUGGAGGAAAUCAGGCUCAACAUGAUUAAACUCAAUAUGACUUUACACUGACCAAUAUGGCAGCAGGAAAGAAACACAAAGAUUAUUCUCUAUAAUUUCACUUUUUUGUUUAGGUGAUGACAGAUCAUUUAAAUGAGUUCAAACACACACUAGUAUCUAGUUAGUAAAAGAAAAAGGGUGUACUAAAAGAAUACAUCAACAGUUUAUUGCUCUGGGUGGUCAUGUUGCUACUCCAUUAAAUAUUUAAUUCGUUUUAUGCAUUGCUGAUGAUAGAUGAUAAAUACACAGGUAUUUAUCAAUUAUACACACAAACCUCUGAAAUGUUGGAAAAAUAAAAGUAAUAAAAUCUUUGAACUGUAUUUUGAUGAAUGGUUUAAAACUUUAUUAAGUUGUAUGCCACCUACCAACACACAUAGACACUCUUUUAGAUUAAAAGAGAAGUUUUAUACAGUAUUUAUAAAGCCUGGGCAAUUCUGUGUCAUUUUAAUGCAUUUUUUAAGGUUAUAUCACAACUGAGUCUUAAAAAAUGUUGAAAUUUUCACCAGUUGUUCCCUAUUUAUCCAAUAGGCACACUGUAAACUUUAGUUUGCUCACAUACUUUUUGAUGUCCAAUCAAUGAAAUGAGGGGUUGUGUGUCAAUUGUGGUGCCAUUUUUCUGAGUCCUUAUUUUUUCUCCUUUUCAUGUGUAAAUAUUUCAAGUAGGACACAUAGGAAACUGAAAUUUUGUGCAAUAAUACACUUCCACCUACUCUCACAGAAUAUACAAACAGAUCUGUCAUACAUCGUAAAGCAUGCCAGUCCCUAAAGUGCUGGUGUUUGUUCCAAAUCUGUUGAAAUCUGUAGUUCGAUGUUUGACUUUUUUUUUCUCUAUAAAGACCUUUAAAUAUAUCAGAACAUGUUUUACAUAAACCUCACAAAAACCAUCAAGAUGCCAAGUAUUAUAUAGCAAAGAGAGAGGGAGAACGUAAG